CCAUUUUUCUUGGCAGCAAAACGCAAAACCGCUCACUCAAACUUGACUUUAGUUUUACUCAAUGUCCUCUUUUGAAGCCUUCUUCGAGGCAUGGCUGGUGCGGCAAGAGCACUACCUCGACGAGCUCCAGUCGGCCCAGCAGCGGGCCGACGAGGUCCGUGACGUCGACCUCAGGGACCUCGUUGGUCGGGUCCUUCUUCAUUACCAGCAAUACUAUGAAGAGAAAUCAAGAAUCGCCGAGAGAGAUGUGUUUCGGGUGUUUUGUCCGACUUGGUUCACUCCGCUGGAGCGGGCCCUGCUCUGGAUAGCCGGGUUCAAACCGGGUCUGGCAUUCCGGCUCUUUACGGACUCCGUACCCGACUUGUCCGACGACCAGCGGGUCCGGGUGGCCCGGCUGAUAGAGGAGACCCGGGUCGAGGAGCGGACGCUGAAUGAUAAGCUGGCCAAGAUACACGAGAGCGUGGCGGCACCUCGGUUCGUCAACGUGGCGCGUCGUUAUUCGCGGUGGAUAGACGGCGAGGGGGAGGAGGAGGAGGCGACGCGGUCGUUGAAGUCGGCAUUGCGAGUGGUGGUGGCGAAUGCGGACUUGCUGAGGACGACUAUAGCGACCAAGCUGGUGGAGAUGCUCAGCGGCGCUCAGGCGGUGAGGUUUCUGGUCACGGUGGGUCAGUUUCAGCUCAAAAUUAGGAACCGUGGGUUGGAGAGGCAGCAGCGCUCCGGAAGGCGGUGGUAG